GUGACAUUUUGCCAUGGCUGCCACAUCAGCGGACGCCUCACAUUUAGCUCUCCCUGUGCGGACGGCAUGGCAGCAGUCGGUGGAAGAAGUCAUCAGAAAGAUGAGAGGCUGGGGCUGGGACGGCUGGGAUCCAGUGGAGAAGGAGAAGAUGAAGGAUGAGUUUCUGAGAAAGGCCAAACAUUGACCCGUUCACUUGAUUGAGCGUGUGAAGUUCGUGGAAAAGGCUGGUGACAUCACUUUCACCCUGAUCUAUGAAGGAGACAGACUGAGUUCCCAAGAAGAACGCUGGGCGCAACAGAUGUUAAAAGUUCAGCAAAGGAUGAUUGCACUUCAGGAACAAAGUAUUCCUGCCAUUGGUGAAGCAGAUGCCCACAUGUCGCUGGAAAGUGCACAGCUUUGUGGAGCGAACUUGCACAGGCAGAUUCUUCGAGGAGUCAGAUUUCUAGGUGCCGAUUUGGAUGCUGCCAACCUGGAAGGCUGUCAAUUGCAGGGUGCGCAGCUCCAACAUUCGCAGCUACGAUGGGCAUUUGUCGAGGACGCCGGACUUCAAUCUGCCCACCUCCACGCGGCUCAAUUGCAACAUGCUUGGCUCUAUGGGGUGCAGCUUCACAAGGCCAACCUGGCUGAAGCCCAGCUGCAGAGCGCCAACCUGGACCAUGCGCAGUUGCAGGAGGCCAGCCUUCUGAGAGCGAAACUUCAAGCAGCGAAUCUCUUCGAGGCAAAUCUCAGUGAUGUGAACUUUGACGAAGCUGUCAUCACCACAGCAACUUUGAAGGAUUGUAAGUGGCACAAACCGCCAAUCCACGUGGAUAAGGCGAAUUGUCAACCUUUGGCAUUGCCAAGAUGUCAGAGGAAAGCUGCACAACGGCAGCAACAGUUCAUCCUGAAGAUCCUCCUCAAGAGGAUGAUACACGGUGAGGAUGAAGAUGACGAUGGCGCAGAUGAAGAUGAAGAUAGCCAGGACGAGGAUGAAGAUGCUCAGGAAGAAGUUCAGGACAACCCAAUGCUGGAUUGCGUGACACCGUUGCUUUGUUGCCAAAGAUGGCAAAGUGCAGUGAACGACGUCCAAGACACUGCCGUCGAAGCUCUGGAGAUCAAGGUUGGAGAAGUCGCUGAUCGAAGUGAGCAGAAGCUCCAGGAGUUGGCUUCCCAAGGUGCCAAGAAGUUGGGGAAGUUGGUGCAAGACUUAGAUUCAGUAGCAAAGGCAAAGGCCAAAGCUUUGUUGAGUGUAUUGGAACAUCUUGAAAGCGACAGAGGUAGGGCUUUGCGAUCGCAACCAAAAGUGCAAGCUGCACUGCAGGACGCAUUGAAACAGCUGGCACGGACCCGAAAGGGGCAACGCUUUCAGAAUGACUUCGACAACCUCGAUAAACAAUUAAAACAAAUUCGAGAUCAAGGUGCAGGAAGAAUGUUGAGAAGAUUGGCGGAUUCAAAGUUUGCAUGUUUGACAGGCUACACCGCAGCAACUUGUUUGGCCUGCUUAAAGGUUUCUCCUCGAGAGAUGGCAAAGCAUCAAAAGGAACUGAACAUUUUAGCAACCUACAUUGGAAAGCUCCAGGAAACAGUGAACAAGAACAAUUGGGAUGAAGUGAUUGACAACUUUCUUUGCUUGUACGAACUGCGGGACACACUCAGCGGAGAACGCGCCCAACAAGUGUUUCAAGCUCUUUGGACAGACCACCAGUUGCGGAGAUGCGUGGCCGUUGGACUCGUCUUCCGUGAGAUGCAGGAUCCGUCGAACCCACCACCCGGCCUCAUCCAUUGCAUCAAAAAGGCUGUGAAGCUCGUGAAGGACAACGCAGUAGCCUGGGAUAUUGCCAUCAGUAACGAGAUUGCAUGCAUUGAUAGGAUGAAAGCCAAACAAGACAAUAUUUUUGCACUCAUGAUUUCGGCCAUCUCGGGCUUCUUUGUCUUCAUUGCCACCUUCUUCUCUGGUCUUGCGCUUGAUGCCCUCAAAGAAGGGCGUAUGGUCGUGCCCUACGUGUCAAGUUUGGUUGCAGAAGAGGCCUAGUGGCUUUGAUGACUCUGUUUGAUACAUCCUCGAGAAACAUUGGGAUUAUCGUGUGCGCGCCAUUGAGGCUUUCAGGAGUGUUUCACCUGCUUG